GGACAAAUACAGGACAUGUAUGUGAUACCGAGGGAGGGAGACGUUACGUCUCAGUCUUCACAGAUCACACAGACACACACAAACACACUCAGUCACUCAGUGAAGGCGGCAAGCGGCAUGGCGUUUACGGCCGGAGCGGUGGCGGUGGCGGUGCUGCUGGUCAGACUGAUCAGUUCAAGUGUCCGUUGUGACACUCUUGACAUGGACCCCUGGACCAGAACUAAGAUCAUGUUACUUAAGCCCAAAGCUGCCACCAUGAAUAUCAUCGUCUUAGCUGGGGACAAGUGGGAAAGUCGAGGAUUCAACGUUACUUUACAGAAGGAAAAAUGCUUCAGAUCAGACCCCGAGUGGCACUUCACACAGGUCAACGUAACUAAGGAAAAACAUGGAAUAUUUCUCCUCGAUUUGACUGUUGGUGCUUGUAAAAUUGAGUGCAAUAAAACAAAAACAGGCACGCAUACUGACCUAAUGUCUUCUAACACCGGAGGGCUACGGAAUGUCACAGUUACUCUUUUCGGUUUGGAGAAUUACACCAAGACGCCUGAGAAAAUGGAGAACCUUAAUGACCAAAUAGACAUCACCAGCUGCACCAACAUAAACAUUCUAAAAGAUGAUCAACAACCCUUUUGCCCAUGUGCCUUUGCCUCUCCAAACACCACACCACGCCACCCUCCGCUCACCACAAACCCCUACGCAAAUCUCUCUCUCAGCUGGGCACUAUCCUGAGCGGAGUCUUGGUGGUGCAGCUGAUUGGUACGGCUGUGAUGACCGCGGUGGUGAUUAAGGUGGUUGGCUGUGGUUCCAGGCAACCCCAUCAGUCUUAACAAGGAUGAGGAGCUGCAAGACGACAACAAAUCAGAUGCUGUCAGCUCUGCCAAAGACACCCAGGAGCCAGAGGAACCACCAACACUUCCGCUGGGCAUCUUUUGUUCUUUCUCCUUGCUGUUUCUGAUGAUGAUAAUGAUGAUGAAGGGGUCUGGGUGAUGUCAGCACUACCAUAUAGCAAAUUUCAUAGAUAACCAUGACCUUUGCAUUAUACAGGCCAGUAUUAUGAAGCACUUUGCUCUCUCUCACCAACACUACUUUUCAAAUGCUCCAGUUGAAGGCAUUCGUGUUUUAAGAGUGUUUUUUAUGGUUCAGUUGAUGGAUUAGCAAGACUUUUGGUUAAAUUAAAAGGAGAAACUGUCUCGAAAAUAAAGCUAGUUGUCUCUGUGGCCUUGGAAAAUUGUAGUGGUGAGAGAACAAAAGUGUUUCUGAAUACAUGCCAGAGAGAGACAGGGUUGUAAUGAGGAUGUCUAUUGUUGCUGUAAUUAUCAUUACCAUUAUUAUUAUUAUUAUUAUUAUUAUUAUUAUUACUAUUAUUAUCAUUAUUACUAUUAUCAUUACUAUUACUACUAUUAUUAUUAUGAAAGGCAAAAUGAGAAUGCCUGUUACUUCAAGCACCCACACAUUGAUAAGGUCAUGCAGUGUUUUAUUAAAUGGCAAAUCAUGAUAUAUGAAACUUUUCUGAGAGAGAACUGAGUCAUGUUACAAGUUCUCAAACACAUUCACUAUUAAAAUUUUACAAGAUA